GACCUCCCGCCCACUGCGCCAAGCCGCCAACCCACCACCACGGCACCACCCAGGCCAUCCGUUUCUCGUUCUCCUGCCUAGUGCCUCCCCUCCCUCCUUAACAAUGGCAGUGCAGGCGCAGUACCCGUCCGAUCUCCUCUUCCACGCCAGAGGUGAGCCAGAGAGGAGGAAGGAGAUGGACAUGCCAACGCCGCCGCAGCUCGCUGGAGUCUCGCCGGCGGCAGUCUACUUCUCCGGCGGUGGAGCGAGUGGGAAGAGUCGGCGGAAGCGGCCCAGGGAGGAGUGCGUCAGUCUGUUCACAGUCCAGCCGCAGCAGUCGACGGCGUUCGCCAGCGUGGCCCUCUUCCAGACCCAGAACAUGGUCUCGUCGUCGCCGUCGCCCGCCGCGACGGCGCUCGUGUCCACUGGCCUUCGCCUGGCAUUUGACGAGCAGCAGCAACAGCAGGAGAGCAAGCAGACGGAUGCCUUUGGCUAUCCGUCGUCGCCCUCUCAAUCGGGCUCCGUCUCCGACGAGCUCGCCGCGCAGGUGAAGCGGCACGACGAGGAGAUCGACCGGUUCGUACGCGAGCAGGGCGAGCAGCUGAGGCGGGCGGUGGCCGACCGGCUACGGCGCCACAGCCGGGCGAUCCUGGCCAAGGCCGAGCGGUCCGCGGCCGCCAGGCUCCGCGAGAAGGCCUCGGAAGCGGAGCGCGAGGCGCGGCGCGGCGCCGAGCUGGAGGAGCGGCUCGCGCGCCUCCGCGGCGAGGCGGGCGCGUGGCAGGCCAAGGCGCUCUCGGAGCAGGCCGCCGCGGCCACCCUGCACGCGCAGCUCCAGCAGCAGGCCGCCGCGCGGGCGUCGGCCGAGGAGCAGCUCGCCGCCGGUGGCGGCGACGCCGGCGCGGCGCAGUCCUCGUCGUCGGCGUACGUGGACCCUCGGCGCUCGGACCGCGCGUGCCUGGGCUGCCGCCUCAGGCCGGCCUCCGUCGUGCUCAUCCCCUGCAGGCACCUCCCGCUCUGCGGCGAGUGCUUCGCCGCCGGCGACGCGGACGCCGCCAUGGCGUGCCCCGUGUGCCUGUGCGUGCGGACGGGCAGCGUGGAGGCCAUCCUCUGCUGAGCGUUGCCCGCCUGGCCGUCCACCUCGGGAGCCGGUGAGUGCAGGAAUCCAGCAAAUGUGAGGGAAAAAAAACCCGUAGGAAAGCUAGAACUUUCUCCUUUCUCUCUCUUUUUUUUUGUCGUCAAGUUUUUGGUUCAUAUUGAUUUCGACCCCUCUUCGUCUA